AUGCUCAAGAAGGUGGAUCCAACGAAUAAUGUUUUGGUGUCAUAUUUGCAAUACAUUGACACAACAGUUCUUACAUGGGUGUUACAUGAAGACGAAGAGAGGGAAAAGUCUAAGAAAUCGAAGAAGACAGUUGGUGGGUCUUUGGAAAAAGUGGCGAAGGUAGAAAAGAAGAAGAAAAUUUCGGUGGUCGAAGAGGUAUCUCAAAUUUUAACCUCAAUGGUUGAUACACCAAGAAUCGAAGCGUCUCCAUCGACAGAAAUGAUUCCUUCGAAGACGGGUGUUUUUCGACGGAUCAAAAUAAAACGAAAGUCUCAGAUGGUGAAGAAAACGCAAUUAUCCCAUCAAGGGGUCACAGUUCGUGAAAUUCCAGCUCCGGUGUCUCCAUUAUCUAAAAUACAAAGGGCUGAAGAUUUAGCAAAAUUUUUGAAGAAGAGUCAAAGACUUGAAGAAGUUGAGCAAGUUCCUGAGACACCAGAGAUUACACUUCAAGAAGAAGCGAAGACCAGUUCACCUAUUGUUACGAAGCCUCUUGAAAGAAGUUCACUACCCCAGGUUACAUCCACAACUGAUUCUCCUACAUUUCAACUUAUUAUGGAUCAACCAUUCACCACCAUAUUCUCAACUCAAUCAACUGAUCCACCCCAUCCAUCCUCACCUACUGAUGAAACCAUGGAUGCUGAUGCUGAAACCGAUGACGAAGGCUUUGGAGGAACAUUCGAAGCUCUUCAUUUUGAUCAAGCUGAAGAAGAUUUCCCUGACCACAUGCUGAUGACUAUGAAGCAGUUUAAGAUUUUGAAUUCGAAAUUGCAUUCUAUCUUGCAAUCCCAAGCAGAUGUGGAAAGUGGUGGAAUUACAAGCAUGGAAGUUGAUUCCUUAAUGAAGGUUAAUCAGAAUGAUAUUUCUACAGAGAAUCGAAUCAAUUCUCUGAGAUCUGAUUUUGUGAAAGAUUUAAAGGAUCUAAAGCUUGUUACGAAGGAGCGUCAUGUGCUCUUCAUACAAGAAGUCAAGAAGGUACGCGAAGAUGUUAAUUUGCAAAUCAGAGAACUUCGUGAAGAUAUGACGAAGGAGAUGAAUCCUCAACUGACCACUCUUUCUGCCAAAGAAGAACAAAAUUUUGGAGAGUUGGUCAGGUUGUUAAAAGAACUCCAAGACUUGUCUUCGAAGUCUGUCUCUCCAAUUGUUUCUCAAGAAUUUCUUUCUCAGAAAUUUUCCCACUUCGAAGCCAUCCUACACAAAAACUUAUCUCCACUUCUUCGCAUUUCAAGCCUUCUGCCAAAUGUUACAGAGGCCCCACCUGCUUUCACAGGGGUGCAAGGGGGAGAAAAGAUUGAUAAAUCGAAGGCUGCGGAACAAACGAAGACAUCUGAAGAUGCGAAGGUAGUUGGAAAACUUUAUCCUUCGAAGGUGGUGACAAAACUGAGUAUUAUUUCAGCAGGUUCAGUCACUUCGACUGUGAUCACAACAAUUCCACUUCCAAAACCAAGUUCAAAAGGUGUUGUGAUUGGGAAGCAAGCUGAUGUUUCUUCAUCAAAAAAAUUGGUUUUGUCAAAUGUCGAAGACAAGGGAAAAGGAAUUUUGAUUGAAAAGACAAAAGAAGAGAAGAAAGUUGAGGUGGCAGCUGAUGUGGAAAGAAUGAGGCAGGUGAUAUCUAUAAAAAGGGAUGUCAUAUUCGAAGGGAAGUUUGAAAAUUUGAAGUACACUGUAGCAAGAGCAAGUGGGAAGUUACAAGAAUUCACAGUGGCAGACUUUCCUUUGAUGAACACAUAUUAUCUAAUAAACAUUGCCUUGAUGCUCAAAGACAAAUCAUUUUCUUUUCUCCAAGACACAGAACCAGAUGUUUUUAGCCUAGGGUGCAAGCACAUUAAGAUAUUUUUGAAGAAUUACAUUGAGUGCUUGGCUCAGACUGAUGUCGAACUUGCAGUUGUCAAAGGCAUCGACAUUACUGCACCAGUGUCACCAUCGAAGAAACAAAAUGAGUUGAAAAAUUAUGAAGAUGGAGAAAUUUGUUUAAAGCCAUUGGGAAUCGUUCUUGCAGGAAAAGACAAAGCUGGAAGAGCUAAGCGGUUCUUGUUUCAAACUUGCGAAGUGGAGAGAUGCACCAACUCACAAUAUACGAACUUAAUUGUUCGUAUAAACCACUGCAAGAAGAACUCAGAAGGGGAUAAGAAAGAGAUAAAGAAAGUUAUCUCUUGGUACAUGGAAAUCUGA